AAACAUUCAUGAUAACGGUAGAUGGCGGCAUGCGCUUACAGCGUCCAACUCGUAUUUAGUCGAAGAAGAGGAGUUCUUCAGUUGACUGCUCCACACAGUGGAUUCCUAGUGGGUGUGCCAUGCCUGGGAAAGCAGGUGGACUCGGCGGGUUUGCUCAUAUAACGGACUGUCUGUGCAUUGGCAACAGCAAAGCAGCAAACGACACUUCAGUUAUAUCCUCUCUCAAUAUUACGUGCAUUAUUAACGCCACUCAGGACAUAAACAACACCAGCCUUCCCACAAUUGAUUAUAUCCAUGUGCCUAUCUCUGAUGAUCCUGAAUCCAGACUCAUUGACCAUUUUGAUGCGGUUGCAGAUAAAAUACACCACGUCAAUGAACAGCACGGACGCGUCCUGGUUCACUGCAACGCUGGCGUGAGUCGCUCAGCUACACUCUGCUUGGCAUACCUGAUGAAACACUGUGAUAUGGCACUAGCGGAGGCGUACGAGUUGGUCAAAUCUCAGAGACCGAUAGUGAGACCAAACAGUGGGUUUUGGAGGCAGCUGAUCGAGUACGAGUGUAACUUACGCGGAACAAGUACAGUUAAUAUGAUACCUUCAACUGUGGGAGACAUUCCAGAUUUGUAUGAGAAGGAAACAAAGGGUUUGAUACCACUUUAAGAAAUAAUUGAUAUGGGAACUGUGAGUCUUGAUAUAUUAACUGGGGGAUUUUGUGUUGUCUGUUAUUUCAUUAAGAUUUGGAAAAUUAAAGAGGAGAGCAUUUAUUUGUUGUUGAUGCUGUUGGGAUGUUAUGCAAUAAGCUGCCAGAAGAUGGCAGAAAGGUUCUUGAAAUUCACUGACCCCAAAACUAUAUCUGACCUCGCUUAAAAUGUAUGAUUGUCAUUGCAUUAGAUAACAAAUAUGAAACCAAGAUGGCACAAGGACAUUUUUCAAGCAAAACAUUUCAAACAGAUAAAUAUUUGAGGUUGUAAAUUUACUUUUCAAAAUGAAGACGUUAUUUUGACAUUUUCUGCAUGUUAAACGUUAGAACAUGUCCAUAGUCAUGCAUAAUUUAAAUGAGUAAAGUAGCUGCUCUUUUAAAAAAGUAGUUAGCUACACCACAAGUUACACAAAAAGUAACCAACUACAUUUUAGCUAUUACAAGAAAAUAUUUUUUAAAUGUAUAACAACCAGAUGAUAUUUAAUUGGGUUGACAUUAAACAAAUCGGGCAUCAAUAUUAAAUCGAACAUAUAAAGGUAAAUACUCUAAAUAUAAACUAAAUAUGAAAUACUAAAUAUAAACUAAUUAAACUAGAAAACACAGUCGAAACGUAGUAAUAAAAAGCAGCAAUUAAAAAUAUUUUGCUUCAAAAAAAGUUUUCUGGCAACGUCCCUUUAAGGCUGCAUGGGGCUUCAAGGUGCUGUAAGCGAUUUUGUUCAUGGAAAAGUUUGCAAAAAAUGUUCCUAAUCCCUUAAAGAUAUUAAUGAAAUAAGUGUCAUGAGAUAUCUCACCGGUCUCUUGUCACAGCUAUAGACUUUGUAAGCAGCAAGCAAAAAUGUGUCUGCGAACCACGGACAUUGGCGCUUUUCACCUGUCAAUCAUUUUGCUCCUUCUCAUAGUGUUGUAUUUGAAGCGGAUCAUUGAGACUAUGAUUCAUAAUGUUUGUCAGUUUAGGGCGCUAUUGUGCCACUGUUGAAUUUGACAGCCACAGGAACAAACAAUGCUCCUCUUUUGCUCGGUUUUGGUCUCAAAAUUAUCAUUGGAGGGUGGGGUUUUGGAAUAAGGGGGCGUGACUAACGGCUUAGUCACGUGAAAGCUUCAGAACACUAAAAUCGCUUACAGAACCUUUAAAUGAAUCAGUGAAUCAUUUAUGUGAACUAGUAAAUUGACUGUGAGGAGGAGGAGGGCGUGGCCGGGCCGUGAUGGUUGGUUGAUUUUGUGUUUUUAAUUUCAGGGUUGCCAAAGAUAUGGCUAAAAUUAAAAUGGAUGCAAAUUAGCUCUAAAAUGAAAUACAAGGGCAUUUAUUGUUUUAUUUAUUGAUUUAAUGAUAAAUGUAAUAAUUUAAUAUUUUAACGACUUCAGUAUGUGUUUAAUAAUUUAUUUAAAUAUCUAAUGAUUUCAUUUUUAGAAACAUUUAGUAUAGUUGGUGAGGGGGCUUGGGUAGCUCAGUGGUAAAAUACACUGGCUACCACCCCUGGAGUUCAGCUUGCUAGUUCGAAUCCCAGGGUGUGCUGAGUGACUCCAGCCUGGUCUCCCAAGCAACCAAAUUGGCCCGGUUGCUAGGGAGGGUAGAGUCACAUAGGAUAACCUCCUCGUGGUCGCUAUAAUGUGGUUUGUUCUCGGUGGGGCGCAUGGUGAAUUGAGCGCGGUAGAUGGCGGGAAGCCUCCACACGCGCUAUGUCUCCGUGGCAACGCCACGUGAUAAGAUGCGCGGGUUGACUGUCGUCCUCCGCCACCCGGAUUGAGGUGAAUCACUAUGCGACCACCAGGACUUAGAGCGAAUUGGGCAUUCCAAAUUGGGAGAAAAAGGGAAAAAAUACAGUUGGUGAAUUGUUAAUUUUAACCAGUACAUCAGUGUUUCCCAACCCUGGUCCUGGAGUACACUGCACAUUUAGCUUUUCUCCCUUAUUUAACACAACUGAUUCAACACAUUAGUUCAUUAGUAGAGGCUCCAUGAGCAGAAUAGCGUGUCAAAUAAGUGUGAUAUCUAAAAUGUGCAGUGUUGGGGGUACUCCAGGACCAGGGUUGGGAAACACUGAUGUAAAUGUACUGGUUAAAAUUAACGAUUCACCAACUGAUUUGGAUUUCCCAGUGCAACAGAGAGAGGACAGUUUAGGUGUGCGUGUUUGUUUUCUCCUGCUUCAUCGCGUGUUUACAACAUAAUGCGACAAAUGAAGCGUUUUGUGACACUACAGCUUUCCUCGUUAAAAAAUGUGUCUCUUACUGGAAAAGUCACACUAUUAUGAAAAUAGCUGAGCUACUGUCAUGUUACUGAAAAUUUUUGCCAAAGGGAUAGUUCACCCAAAAAUGAAAAUUCUCUCAUCAUUUACUCACCCUCAUGCCAUCCCAGGUGUGUAUGACUUUCUUUCUUCUGCUGAACACAAAUAAAGAUUUUUAGAAGAAUAACUCAGAUCUGUAGGUCCUCAUAAUGCAAGUGAAUGGUACCAAAAUUGUGAAGCUCCAAAAGGCAUAUAAAGGCAGCAUAAAAGUAAUCCAGAAGACUUCAGUGGUUUAAUCCAUGUCUUCAGAAGCUAUAUGAUAGGUGUGAGUGAGAAACAGAUCAAUAUUUAAUUCUUUUUUCUUUUUUUUUUACUAUAAAUUCUUCUCCUUGCCCAGUAGGUGAUGAUAUGCAUGAAUAAUGCAAAUUACAAAAGAAGAAGAAAGUGAAAGUGGUGAUUGAAAGUAAAAAAAGUUCUUAAAUAUUGAUCUCUUUCUCACCCAUACCUAUCAUAUCACUUCUGAAGACUUGGAUUUCACCAAUGGAGUUUUAUAUGGAUUACUUUUAUGCUGCCUUUUAUGUGCUUUUGGAGCUUCAAAAUGUUGGUACCCAUUCACUUGCAUUGUGAGGACAUAUAGAGCUAAACUAUUCUAAAAAUCAUUGUGUUCAACAGAAAAAAGAAAGUCAUACAACUCUGGUAUGGCAUGAGGGUAAGUAAAUUAUAAAAGAAUUUUCAUUUUUUAGUGAUCUAUUCCUUUAAGUUACCUAGUUAGUUGUUUAGUUAGCAACUCCCCUUAUCGUCCAGAUACUUUUUUGGGUCACUGUAUUAUUAAAAAUUGCUGUUGUUUUUUAACCAAGAAUAUUUUUGUAACUAGUUACAACAAGGUCAGUCAACAACAAACUACUUGUGUGGGGAAAAAAAGCUUGUGGUCUGUGUAAUAGUGUAAUAUUGCAUUGCAUGGAACAUUAGGCUACAUUGCAUUGAAAGUGUUCCUUGCAUAUUAAGCAUAGUACUGUGCCAUUCGGGAGUGUGUGUCAAGGUCCAUGCCUUAGGUCAACAUUUAGUUUGGGAAAAAAAGAAUAAUAUGCUCGUAACACAUUAAUUUGUGCAUGUUCAUCAUAAAUCAACAAAGUCCCUUUGUAUUAGCUCUUUAGAUACUGUAAAGUUUUAUUUUACACAAGACAAAUAAAUGUUCUUGGAUUAAAAUUGAGGCUGUAAAAAUCUUUUUAAAAAGUGUAUUUGCAUUGUACUUGUGUCUUAAUUGGAUAGGUUACCCAAAAAUGAAAAUUCUGUCAUCAUUUACUCACCCGAAUUUCUUCUGUGCAUGGAACACAAUAGGACAUGUUAAGCAGAAUGACAGUCGAAGUCACGAUUCACUUUCAUUGCAUUUUUUUUUCAAUAGAGUGAAAAUGAAUGGUGUCUGUCACACUCUCUCCUUUUGUGUAACUUCAUGUUUUACAUGUGAUAAAUAAGCUGUUUUGUUUCGGUUUAGAAUGUAAAAAAGACCUUAUUUAUGUCUUACGCCACCUUGAACUGUGCCUUUUCUCAGACUUAAACUUUUCUGGUGUGGGUUUUGUGAAAUUAUAGGCUAUAACAAAAAAUUUUUGUAGACAUUGGAAUGUCGUACUUCAGCAUUUUUAUACAAGUGGAAAUUCUCAUGCUCGUUUAGUGAAUAUUUGAGAUGUUGCAAUAGUGUUGUUAAAUUGAAGGGCUUGCAUUGCUUCCUUAUUUAGUUUUUUAUUCUAGUCACAUACUCUGGGCAUUGUUCAAAUAUUCCAUGUCUGGCUUGGAAGUGGCAGAAAGUCCGACCUGUUGGUAUAUGAGAGAUUUCCCUGUUCAUGAAUCGUAUGCUUGCAGCCUUAACACAGUUACAUUUGUAAUGUCUUCCUGGGGGUAAAGAUACACAAACACCUUAUAUUUCAAAUAUUUAUUAACCUGGUAUUUGGUUGGCAUGGUUUUUAUGGUGGUGGAAGGUCACAUUUUUUUCCAUAUCACAUUAUACACUUUAAUAUAGUUAACUUACUACCACUUGACCUAUAUGCUAUUAAUACAUGCAAAUUGAAAUCUUAAGAAAAUUUGACCUGCAUUUGAGAGGAGUAAAACAUUUGAUUAAAGUCAUCCAAUAAACUGCAUUGUUUUACAUUAUGUAUUUUUCCACAGACUAACAAUUCCAUAUAGUGUAACAACAGAAUGCAUUUUAAAUGUUUCUACAUUUAAUGCAUAUUUUGAUGACACAGCACAACCAAACAUUCAAAUAUCGUGUUGUCGGCUACAGCAACGUAAGUUGUGUUUUGUGCCACUCCUUAAGCACACUUGUGAAAGGGGAACAGAGAUAUGGGGUAUUUAUACUUCUAUUUUACAUCAUCAGUUUGUUUUCAGUUUGAAACUUUGAAAUAAUACCCCUUGCUUGUAGCCCAACAAAGAAGUUGUGUGUCAUAUC